CAUCUCAGGGAACGUACGUGCGUUCCGACAUCGCAAACUUCAUAAAUAUUUGACAUUUGACAAUAAACGGGCGGGAAAACAACCGCUUUGUUGUGUGAUAGUGACAAGUUUGUUUUUUUUUCUUUGUGUUACGUGAUUAACGUGUUAAUGUUUUCAGUCUGAAUUUUUAGGAAACUGUCAAAAAAUUCACCGUAUAAACGAUAUUUCUAAAUGUUUUUGUGAUGAAAAUUGUGUUUUAAGUUUUUGAGUUUAAAAAUGGAUAAAUUAGUAAAGAGAGUCAAAGUGUGGAGUGGUGUGUCUAGAAAACCAUCGACUCCAGAGUUGAGCAGGAGCCAGUAUUCACUGGUGUCGACUGGGGAGCUGACGGCGGAAGCUCUUCAAGUCUGGCUGAAGCUACCGCGGAAGAUCAAAUACGACCCCGAAUUGGAAUCAUUCCAGAAGUGUUAUGACAAAGAAAUUGCAAGUCAACAAGAAAAUAUUCCACUGAAGCUGAAGAAUGGCUCGACGCCGGAAACGAAGCGGCUACCACUCGUCAAAUCUGCGCCGCAUUUGAACAACAAUAGGAUAGACGAAUCGCCGAGCGCUGAUGGGAAAUUAGAUGGGGUUGAAAUACACACUCCGGGUAAACACGAUGCAAGCAUCGAAAAUAACUCAACACCAAGAUAUCCGAAGUUAGCAAAGGCAGGACAUUACGUGAAAAUGACACUAUUGCUGUCCGGCUGGGUUUUCUUCACGCUGAUAUUCAUGAUGUACAACGAGAAAGAGGAAAUCACCAGGAACUCUUCGGUCAACCCAGGGGAAAUUAAAAAUUACAUGAUAAACGUAUCCGAGAGUCAACUUACUCUAUUUGUUAAACUAUCCGGACCGUUUCUGACUGAGCAAGCGGAAGGUAGGAUGAAUACAUCGGAACAGGACGACUACAGGAAAAUGGACGUUUGGCUCGAGACUUGGUCGACGGACAUGAAAAGCGUCGGUAAAGAGAUGUCACAACUCUGGACAGUAAUGCUACAGGAAAACGACUUAGACUUCAAACAGGGAGAGUCCCGUUCGACAAUCUUGAAUAUAGAAACGAAUCGGACGAAUCACAGCGUUUACGCAUUACGCAUGCGCACGUCAGCCAAUGAGAGCGUGCCGUUCACGAUAAAUUACAAGACAAAUCCACUAGAUGCCAGCACGGGAGUCUUGUACUCUUGCAUCCUGCUUUUUGGAUUGUACGUGUUGAUUAUAUUUGAGAUCAUCAACCGCACAAUGGCGGCCGUUCUCAUAUCAACGGCAUCGCUGGCCGUCCUCUCUCUCGUGGGUGAGAGACCCUCCCUCCCUGAACUAGUCUCCUGGUUGGAUAUGGAAACUCUGCUGCUGCUGUUCAGCAUGAUGAUCCUGGUUUCCAUUAUGGCCGAAACUGGGAUGUUUGAUUUCCUUGCCGUAUUCACUUUUGAGGUGACCAAAGGAAAACUGUGGCCAUUGAUAACCCUGCUGUGUGCCAUCACAGCGUUGUUGUCGACGUUUUUGGACAACGUCACAACAGUCCUGUUGAUGACACCAGUGACUAUAAGGUUGUGCGAAGUGAUGGACAUGGAUCCCGUGCCAAUAUUAAUGUCGAUGGUACUCUUCAGUAACAUAGGGGGUACUGCUACCCCCGUCGGUGAUCCCCCGAACGUCAUCAUUGCUUCGAAUAAGGCUGUUGUACUAGCGGGGAUAAACUUCACGAAUUUCACAAUGCAUAUGACGUUAGGUAUACUGCUGGUGUGCGUACAGACAUACUUCCAGCUCAGAUAUAUAUACAGGGAUACCAACAAGCUGCGUCUCAAUGUACCGAGAGAAAUUCAAGACCUUCGUCAUCAAAUAUCGAUAUGGCGUCGAGCGAUAGAGUCACUCCCACACUUGAGCAAAGACCAGCAGGUGGUGAGAGAAAGGCUGGAGAGGAAGAUGAAGAAGCUGACGGUCCAGCUGGAUACGAUGGUCAAAGAGAGUUCGAAAAGAGUUUGCCCGAAGGAGACCUUUCAAACUACCCUCGGACAAUUAAAAGAGAAAUACAAAAUCCGCGACAAGAUGUUACUUCUGAAGUCAACAGUCGCCAUUAGUUUCGUCGUUGUCGUGUUCUUCCUGCAUUCGAUACCGGAAUUGAAUCGAAUGUCUCUCGGCUGGACAGCUCUUUUGGGUGCCAUUUUGCUCCUGACGCUCGCCGACCGUGAAGACCUGGAGCCGAUAUUGCAUCGAGUUGAAUGGUCCACGUUACUGUUCUUCGCGUCACUGUUUGUACUUAUGGAGGCUCUAUCGAAACUUGGUCUCAUCACAUUCAUCGGAGAUCUGACCGAAUCGCUCAUAUUGAAAGUCGACGAAAAUGGUAGACUGGCCGUUGCCAUUCUUCUCCUUUUGUGGGUAUCAGGUAUUACCUCGGCGUUCGUAGACAACAUACCGCUGACGACUAUGAUGGUGCGUGUGGUCAUCGCGCUGGGAUCCAACCCGACGUUAAAUUUACCCAUCAUGCCACUCAUUUGGUCACUAUCGUUUGGGGCCUGUCUAGGAGGUAACGGCACAUUAAUCGGCGCAAGUGCGAACGUUGUCUGCGCGGGAGUCGCCGAACAGCACGGCUACAGGUUCACCUUCUUGCAAUUCUUCAAAAUCGGUUUCCCGGUUAUGAUUGGACAUCUCAUCGUCGCGUCCGGUUAUUUGCUUCUCUGUCAUUGCGUCUUUGCUUGGCAUUGAAAAUUCUAACCUACUGAGACAAAAAAAUAAUUAAACUGAUUAUUAUUGUAUAACCGACCAAAUUAAAAGCGUUGUACCUUUUAUUUAAUAGUUAAAUAUUAAGAAAUUAAUUGCCAUACGUCCUAAUGCAGGACAAACUCAAUACAGACCAAGUUUCGUACGAAUUCGUUCAGAAUUUUUGGUGUUACUAAUUUUUUAUGUUAUGUUUAACGAACAUGCAGAUAUUUCUUGCAUUUAUAAUAUUAGUAUUGUACAAGCCCAACAGACAAUUGUCAUCGUCAUCAUUUGUAUGUUUUAAUGUUUGCCAAACCGUCACAACCAAACAG